AGGCCCCCGAACCGAUAAUUAGAAACUAAUCCAACAUUUCCUCUCGUGUUUUACAAGUUUGAUUAUAUACCACUCGGCAAAUAACACUGCAGGAUAUCGAAGAUGAAUCUCUCUCCAGACAAUCGAGUGAUUCCAGACCCAAAUUUUCCCCCUCAAGAGCCUAGAAUCCCUGAAGGGUUAUGUAUUACCCAGUCAUUGCCAGAGAAUCAAUAUCCCCAUUCAUCUAAAACCCUAAUCCUCGAAGAAGAAGACCCAGAUACCCAAAACUCUCCACCACCACCACAAGAUCCGCCAGUCGAAGUGGAAGAACAAAUGCAGGAUGAUCUAGAAGAAGUUACCAACUUUUCUCCUCUAGCUACCUACUCUCGCCGCGGAGGAACUGGCGGCGGCCCGAAAAGGAAGAAGUUGAAUCAGAAGCGACGGGCUGCUCAUGAGAAGAAAUCGCAAAAGAAGCUCGAGAUCCUUUUGGAAAAUCUAAAUCCCAUACCUUUCGUACCCAUAAAAAUCCUAGAUUUCUCUUCUCACGAGGAGCUGCUCAAGCGACUUGGGUUGUGGGAUUUUGUUCAUUUGGAGUUCGACCGUAAUAUUCGUUCUGAUCUAAUUGCCCAAUUGAUUGCAAAUUACAGCCCUUUAUCGCGUUGCAGCUACGUGAAUGGGGUAAGGAUCAAGGUGAAUCGUGCAGAUUUGGCACGAGCGUUGAGAUUGCCAGUAAGGAAGGAGAAGGCUGGUACUGCGCCGGAGAAUGCACCGGUGGUUGAUGAGACUGAGGAUGCAAUUACUUUCAUUGAGGAAUUGGUGUCAAAUUGGAUGCUAUUGCAUGAGGACAUGUGGAUGAUGCCAACUGAGAUGAUGAACUGGACUAAGUUGAUCAAGGAAGGUCAUUUUGAGAAGGUUGAUUGGGCCUUGUUGAUGUGGUUCAUGUUGGAGAAGGAGUUGUUGGCAGCCCCACAAUUGGGUGACUGCUACUACGCAUCGCACAUGCUGUGCUUGAUAACUUGCCAAAGAGAGGCGCUACUGAGGGAAGAAGAGCCUAAAAUAGAAAUUGAUACAAAAGAGGAUGAGGGUUGUAGUGGGGACUUGAAGGUGGCUGAUGAUACUCGGGGACCUGAAAAGAUAGAAGAGAAGGAUAUUGAACUUAGUCUUGGUCAAGAUAAUACAUCGAAAGAGGAGGCUUCAAAGGAGCAUGUUGGCAUAGAUGAUCUAAUGGAUGAAAAGGAGCAUGAUGGCAAUGAGGAACCAAUGGAUAUCGAGGAAACUAAAGGGGAGGAAUGUGGGCAGUGGGUUGGGGAUGGGAAGAGCAACGUGGGCACAUAUGGACUGUUUUUGCGGCGGUGUAAUAUUGGUGAUGUCGGUAACAUUGGGGGCAUGUUUGAAGAGAAGAAAGGAGGAGGAGAGGGAGAGGAAGAUGGGCAUGGAGAGGAAGAGAUAGAAGGGCAAGAGGGAAAUGAGGAAGUGCAGGAUAUGGGUUUUCAUUUUUCUCCGGAAGAGGAUGCUUUGGAGACUGUAACAUCUGCGAAUCUCAUUGCCACAAUGGAAGCUAUGCAGUCUGAGCCUUUCAGUUCAGGGCUGCAACUUCUUGAUGACAAUGGCCCGUCAGGGGAGUUUCUUGUUUCUAAGGUUAGUACACAUUUGGUUCCUGGUAGCUCAAUGCUUUUUGGCAAUGGUAGCAACAAAGGAGUGAUUGAGCAAGAGAAUGAUAUGUCUCACCAGUCACUUAAUGAUAGUAAUAAGCGUUUGAGAACUGAGGGACCUUGGGAUACAGAUUCAGAUGAUUUAGGCACUUGUAUGGAUCAAGCACAGGAAUGGAUAGGAAAAGCUAGGAUGAUGCAUUUAGCAAAGAAGCGAGAUUAUGACGUUAUGAGUGUGAAUCAACAAUGCCUGCUUUCUGAGAUGCAGCAGCGAGCUGAUUUGAUUGAAUAUCUACGGAAGGCUCAUCAUGAAGAGCAGCAGAAAAGACAAGUGGAUGUAUACCGGUUGGAACACGAACUUUAUAUGAUGAGGAAUCUCUUAGAGGGAUAUAGAAAGGCUUUGAAGGAGACACAUAAGGCAUUUUCUGAAUACAGAGCUCAAUGUCCUAUACCUGAGGAACCGCUGUACAAGGAUGCUGGGUCAGGUGGUCUUGUUCUGAGCAAAUGGGAACUGGAAAAACUGCGCAUGAAGCAAGAAGAAGAAGAGAGGAUGAAUCGAUUACUGAUUGAGAAGAAGAUUAAAGACUUUGAAGCUGAUUGGAGUGCUAAAUUUGAUUUACAUGAAAAGGGGAUAGGUUUUCUAGGGAACAAGUUGUGGGAGGUUGAGAAGGAGCUGGUACAUGUGAAAGAUGCCAUCACAAAACGUAAGUUAUCAGAAAGGGUAGAAAGUGUUGCAAAUGAGGGGGGAAUUGUAUCAGAAAUGGUGGAAAGUGUUGCAAAUGAAGGGGAGAGUGUGUCGGAAAUGGUGGAAAGUGAUGCAAAUGAGGGAGGAAGUGAUCAGUAAGUCUUCGCUCUUCAAGAUACGCAAAUGAUUUAAGGAAUUUGCAUCUCUUCAAUGUGAUCAAAGUAGAGCACGUCUUUAUAUCUUGAAACCUAAUGAUAUGUGUAGCCUAUCCCAUUUUUAAAACAUAUAUAUAGUAGCCUAUCAAUUCUACUUUUGAAAAUUCAAGAUGCGGUAAUUGAUGAUAAUUUGCUCCCCUCUGCAUUUAUACUUUAUAGAUUGUGAUAAACUUUCUGCUUAUGCAUCAACCUCCUGAUACACAUGCA